CUCUCCGCAGCGUCAAACAGUGUCUUCCUUCACAUCGGACAGACGACAGAACAGGUCGACCCACCGCCUGCAUCACAUCCACGCUUUGACCUGAACAGCUGACUGGAGCGAGUGAAGCGAAGAGGGGCUGAUGUAGACUUAGGAGAGCCUACAGGGCCAUUUACGUUACUCCCUCCUUCUCCGACUGUCAGCUGGAAGUGCGCAGCGGUUUAUAUGCGGUACAGUAUAUUAUUGAACAGCACUGAGAGACACGAGCUAAUUAGAUUGAUAAAAUAACAGUAGCUGUCUGCGGCUGAAAGCACAGUAAAAAAAUAAAACGCUGGUUAUGAGAGAGCACGCUGCUGUUCAUAUCUGCCUGAAUGACCGUGGAGAUGAAACAUGCCUGAGCAUGAGAGAUGACCAACCUCAGGCUGAGUUUCGUCCUGUGAACUGCAACAUCUAACCAUCUGCUGAAGCCUUCUCUUGACUCGUGUUUAAGAUGGUGAGUAACGCCCUCUCUCUCACGGAUCGGCUCAGUGAAUAGCCGGACGCACAAAGGAGAAAGGAUCUCAGCUCAGCCGCUAAAUAAAACCCUCUACCUUCUGCACAGCGUGGGAGAAAGUGCCACUGCUGUGCUGGUGUGGCAUCUCCGUAGGCUGAUAAUUGGAGUGAAAGCUGUGUUGAGCGAUCAUCUUUCACUCUGAGCCACUCACCUUUCAGGCCGGGGCCGAGCAGCCAGCUCUGAGGGCUAGACUGUCAGCAGAGAGAUUCUUAUGUGGACAGGACAGGCAGAGCUGCACAGUCAUACAUGUGUAAAGCAUCUUCCUCAUGAGACUGAAGAAGCAUACAUGCGGGAAAAGUCAUGCUAUUGUUUGGAUGACCUUCAUACCGGAUUAAGACACUUUAACUGACAUUUUCUUCAUUUCAGUUGGGGCCCAGUGGGGCUGUGUGGUGGGAGCAGGGAGAGCUGGUGUUGAUUCUUCUGCUUUAUGAGUUUUCAUCACUGGGAGAGCGUGUCUGUGUCUGAGGGGCAGGGCGAGCCAGCAUGGCCAAGCCUUUGCUGAAGAUACAGCGCUAUUUCCGUAGGAAACCUGUCCGAUUUUUUUCCCUCAUCCUCCUCUACCUGACCGCCGGGAGCCUCGUCUUCCUGCACUCUGGCUUCGUCGGGGACAGCGGCCCCAGAGCCAGAGGGGGCAGGGACCCUGUGGUAGCUUCAGAGAUGGGCAGCAGGACGUUGUCAGACACUCGGGGGCUUGGCAUCAUAAGUAGAGUGUUUAAGGAGACGCGCAGGUCUGGACGGAGGUAUGGCCCUCCAUGGAUGAAGAAUACCAGGCAGGUGGGCCAGGAGACGGUGCAGAGGGGGGGAGACUACACCAGCAACUGGAACCGUGCACUGAAAGGACGCAAUGCCAAAGACAUGGACGAUGGAAGAGCAAAGUAUAUCGGCUGCUACAUUGAUGACAUAAAGAAAAGAGCGCUGAGAGGAGUUUCCUUUUUUGACUACAAAAAAAUGACUGUAUUUCGUUGCCAGGACAACUGCGCGGAAAGAGGUUACAUGUACGCGGGUCUGGAGUUCGGAGCAGAGUGCUACUGUGGCCACAAAAUCCAGGCACCCAAUGCCUCAGAGAGCGAAUGCAAUAUGGAGUGCAAAGGAGAGAAGAGCAACCAAUGUGGAGGAGCUAACCGACUGUCCAUCUAUAGGCUGGAGCUGAGCCAGGACUCUGCACGCCGCUAUGGCAGUGCCAUUUUCAAAGGGUGUUUCCGCAGGCCAGACAACGUCACUCUGGCACUUCCUUUCAGCUCGGUCAUCCAAAACAUGUCUGUGGACAAGUGUGUGGACAUGUGCACAGAGAGGGAGAAAUCACUGGCCGUCCUGGCUGGGGACCGAUGUUAUUGCGGCUUCCCGACUCCUCUCUUCUCUCUUCAUGAGCUGGAGAACGAGGACAUGUGUCUCUACCGCUGCCAAGGGGAAGAGUUUGAGAGCUGCGGAAACGACGAGUACUUUGUGGUGUACCAGACACAGGUCCAAGAUAACCGCUGCAUGGACCGGCACUUCCUCCCUACUCGUGCCAAGCAGCUGGUGGCCCUCGCCAGUUUCCCCGGAGCCGGCAACACCUGGGCUCGCCACCUCAUAGAGCUUGCCACCGGCUUCUACACAGGCAGCUAUUACUUUGAUGGCUCCCUUUAUAAUAAAGGAUUUAAAGGGGAGCGCGACCACUGGCGAAGUGGGAGGACCAUCUGCAUUAAGACACAUGAGAGCGGCAGGAAGGAGAUCGAAGCAUUUGACGCCAGCAUCCUCAUGAUCAGAAACCCCUACAAAGCCCUUAUGGCAGAAUUUAACAGAAAAUAUGGCGGCCAUAUUGGAUUUGCCUCCCAAGCCCACUGGAGAGGGAAAGAGUGGCCCGAGUUUGUGAGGAACUAUGCCCCUUGGUGGGCGUCCCACACUUUGGACUGGCUGAAUUAUGGGAAGAACGUCCAGGUGGUCCACUUUGAGGAUCUGAAGAGGGACCUGUUCUCCAAGCUGAAGGGGAUGGUCCAGUUUCUGGAUUUGAAGGUUUCUGAAGAACGCCUGCUCUGUGUCGAAGGCCAGAAGGAUGGAAACUUCAAGCGAUCAGGGCUACGAAAGCUGGAAUAUGACCCCUAUACUCCUGAAAUGCGAGCGAACAUCAAUGAACUGAUCAGAACAGUAGACGCUGCCUUGAAGAAAAGGAAGAUGUCUGGAGUUCCAGAGGACUAUAUGCCUAGAUGAUGAAUGUGAUCCCCUUGUUUCUUUUUAUUUUCUUUCUUUACCCUCCUAUUUUCAGUUUGUUUUCCAUCUUAGUUCAUUUUCCCCAGCUUCAUGCAUUAAUAGAAGAGGCAGUUUUAACUGAUUAGGUUUGUUUUUCUCUUUGGCUGAAUGAAAAGGACUUCUUUUCCUGCUCUAUGCACAUGUGCUGUAGGCAUGUGCACAUGCCUUAACGUGAAGAAGGUCAUAGCUGUGACUAUAGAGAGGCUCGCCUGACAGUGCUGGGUGAUUUGUUGCCAGUGAAAAAAACAUUUAACACAAAAUAUAUUAUAAUACUGCAGUAUGAGCUUAUUUUGUGCAAAAGAGAAACAACGAUUAUGAGAAAUCAAAACAUUAAACUGUACGAAUCUUCUGCUGCUAUCAGAGUUACAGAACAAUAAUAUUUUAUAAAUUAACUUCUCUGAAAACUUUAAAAUGUUCAGCCCUUUGUCAGAGGGGAAAUGCAAUAUGCAGGCUAUAAUGAUGAUACUGUGUGUUUCCAAGUUUUUGUAAGUUAUUCAUCUUACUUUAUGUAAAAGGAGUCAUGUUUUCACUGAUAAAGAGGUAAAGAACGCUGAGCUCCUCAUAUUCAAGAAGAUUAACAAUCCCUCUUGAAGGCACUGACUCAAGGAGAGAAGAGGAUUUAUCUCGACAGCAUUUAUUUAUCUCUGGUGUGCAGUGCACAUGUUGACUAAAUUGUUUGUGAAUAUGUUUUUAUUAACACCGGACUCGAUGCAGAAAUCCAAAAAGCACUUCUCUGUGCAACACUUGCCCCAAAGAUCACUGAGGAAUUAGGCAUUACACUUGUGUUAUAGAUUGGAGUUUACCUUAGCAGUAGUGAUCGUUAUAGAUUUAUUUUAAUAACAGUUAAUCAUACUGAAUGUGAAAACUGAUUUUUUAAAAUUGCUUUGUUGUAAAAAGAGCUAUGAGACAGUUAAAGCUGUUGAUAAUUUCACUCUUCGUAAUAAAAAGAAAAUCCACAAAUGUGUGAAAAAUUCUGCUCAGAUUUAUAAGCAACACGUCUUAUUACGGUACUCAAUGUGCUAUGCCAUAUGCUUAGUAAUAAACAAAUAUAUAAAAAAAUGAUUACAUGAAUAUAUAAAUAAAUAAAACACUGAUGACUGAGAGCCAGAAAACAUGAACUGACAUCCAUUUUCAGUAUGAUAUAAAUAUAUUUUUAUAAUGUAUGCUGACACAUCAACAACAAUAUUUGUAUUGCAACAAGCAAAUGGGAGAAAUUGUUUCUAUUUUUAACACAUGCUUUAAACUUUAUUGGCCCUUGCUUUCAUUGACAAGCUGGCACUUUCUGAACAUGUGUCACAUUUGAAUGUAUUUUCUAUGGAAUGAAUGUCGUGAUAAGGCCCAAAUAAAUGAGUACAUACAA